UCCACAAUCUCAUUGUACAAUUUGUAGUUGAAUACUACUCUGCGUUUACUUUGGUUUUAAUAAAUCUUGUUUGGAUUUAUAUUUCUAAUGGGGCGCAAUUGCCCGCGGACUCGUGAAAUAGUAACAUUAAAUGUAAAUUAGCAAAUAGUGGGGAAAUUAGUGUUCUAAAAAUUGUUUUCGUCAAUUGAAGGUUGCUUUUUUGUUAUUUUGUGUGAUUGUGGUGCACUGGAAUUGUAACAUUACGGGCCCAUAUUGACUAUGAUCGUCGGGCCGCGUGCUUACAUAGGAGUAUCGGUUUGCGUGUGUUGAUUUUGGUGGAUCUUCUCAAGGCAUCUCGUAUUCACGUAUCUCGAAUAAAUUGUCGUGGUCGCAAUCGUUUGCGCUUUGGAGAAGUAGAGGUGGCAUUGGGGCGCACUCGUACACAACGUGUGCAGACACUCACACUAAUACUUUGUGGUCUAACACGCACAGACAGAUGUAUGAAUAUACAGCAAUAACGAACAAGAACGCGUGUAUGUGUUCUUAUUGUUGUUGGCUUAUUUUCUUUUUGCAAAAGACAACGAUUACUAGUAUGAGGCUAAACUAAAUACGAGAAGGCAGCAUAAAAUGAAAGUGGUGCAAAUGGAUUUGAAAAUGAAGUAGUGGAUAUCAGGACUAAAACAAAAAUUAAUGUGAUUGAUGUAUGCAAAAAGUUACAGCAUCGAUGAUAACAGUCUUUACUGAUUUAUACGUAUAGCAAAAACAAGAAACGUUUCGACAUUGUUUCUACUGUGCAAAAAACCAAAUAAAACUAAAUAAAAAUUUUGGUAAAAAAAAAAAUAAACAAUUUUUGAAACCAGCUGCUACUUUUAAAAAUAACCCAUAAUGGAUUUGAACACAGAUAAUGAAAAAGAGGUACUCUGCGAGAAAAUCAUUAACGACAUACAUGCGGUAUUCCUUAAGGAUCCAGACCUCUCCACAUUCGAAAUAAUACCGACCUCUUUGAACCGCAACAAAUCUCCAGUCAUUCAUGCUGAACAUCAUCUUGGUUUGGAGUCGUGGUGCAUGAAGCAUGUUUAUCACCAUGCGCACAAAACGAUAAUCGGCUACCGGCGCCAGCAUCAGCAGCGCUAUCUGCAGCACAGCGAUGUGCUGUUGAAAUAUCUGAAUGUUGCUCUGCUUAUUAAUCCGGAUGUAACCACAUUCUGGCACAUACGCCGCCAAAUGGUGCAGACGAAUCACUUGGAAAUAAAUUGCGAAUUCAAAUUUUCCGCUUUGACAUUGUCGAAGAAACCGAAAUCGAGCGAGGGUUUCUCAUACCGACGCUGGCUGUACUCGUUUCAGAGUCACGACGCCAUCGAUUGGCCAAGCGAGUUCGGCAUUUGCGAACGUUGCGCCGAUCGAAGCGCAAAUAACUACCACGCGUGGACACAUCGCAUGUGGGUAUUGCAAAAUGAUCGCGAUCUAAUAUGUUCCGAAUUAAUGAUGACCGAAAAGUUUAUGCGUAAACAUAUCAGCGACUACAGCAGCUACCAUUACCGCCAGACGUUAAUACAACACGCCUAUGAAUUGUGUUACUAUGAAACGGAUGAGAUGGAACAUUUGCAUAAUCUAAAGGAUCUGAUCAGUUACUAUAUGGCUGAUGAUUUGGAAAUACUGAGCACCACAGACGUACUGGAAAUAAUGUUGCCCGGUGUUGAUAAGGCUGCCAUUGGAGAGCCGCGUCUUAGCUCAUUCCUCUAUUGCUGCAAUUUGGCAGCGCACGAUAUACGCCUAUGCGACGACCAAAAGAAUAUGUAUAACGAACGCGAAUCCUUCGAAAAUCAUCGGCGCGCCUCGUUGCGCUUCAUUGUUGAGAAUUGUGUGCGUUUGCUGCUAGGCGAACUGCCCGGUCUCUAUCUGGCGCCACGCACAUAUGCGCAGUUGCAGGAAUUCAAUGCAGCGCUGCAGAAAUUCGAUUACGCCUCGUACACAUUUUUGGCGGCGCUAAAACGAUCGGAGAGUAUGCUGGGUGAGAACCACCGGAAAUGGUGUAAAAUAUUUUUGGGCUUCAACUAUGCGUGAGGCGGUUCGGAGUGAUGGGCACAAACAGCAGUUAAUAUUGCGGUUGCAGUGAACUCAUUUUUGAGUUUUAUGGAGGCGAAACCAUUUUCAAUACCGACGUAGAAAACAAAAAACCAAAAAUAAAAAAAUAGUCUAAAGUGGCCAGCAAAUCUGGUUUUUUUGAGGGAUCCCGUUUUGUGUUUGUUUGUUUGUUUAGUUUCGCCUCAAAAACAAAAAAAAAAAUAUAUAAAAUAUUUAAUACUAUGCAUCGCAUAAAAGAAGUUGUCACCGAACUGCAGCAAUAUAACUGUAUUCUUCUGAACGAAGCUUCCAUUUAAAAUCAAAUUUCCAGCAGAGAAAGUGUUCAACAGUCUAAUGCGGAUUGUAUCUGCAAAUUGCACCCAUUAUAAGAUAGGAAAUGCAAAAUUGUUUUAUGUUUGCUAAAUGAGCUUUCAAAGACAACUACUUUAAGUAAAACUUACAUGCAUAUAAAUGAGGAAAAGUUAAAUUUAAAAAAAGCAUUAUACUCGUAUAUCCUAUAAAAAAAAAAAAAAAAAAUAAAUAAAUUUGGGUUCAAACGUCCACUCUUUUGUGGGCUUUCUUUUUUUGUUUUUUGAUUGUAUAUUUUCUUUUGCAGCCGUUGAACAGUUCCCCGCCUAGCCUGUUAUUUCAUUAUUUUUAUCAAGUCUAGGCUAACUGACUAAAUAAAUAAAUAAAUAAAUAAAACAUUUCAUUCCUACUGUCAAUCAAACCCAAAAGUCGAAGAUUUUUCACAUAUUUAUGUUAAACAUUUCUUUACCCUUUAUUGUAACGUGUCUGAAUAGUAAACUCCUUGUAAAGUGUUAUUUGUACA